AACCAACUUUGUUGGAAACAAGGUUCAUAUUAAAUUCCUUCACACUUGUAUUUCUGCAGUAAGACUUUUUCAAUUAGCUACUGGUUAAUGUUGCAAUAUGAUUUUAGCAGCUCUGUAUAAACAAGGCUUUCAGUGGAAUGGCUGUCGUCAUACCAUUAGAAAAUAUUCAGCCAUAUGACAACAGAUUUGCCAGAAAGGUUUCCACAAUUCCUAACGUGGUUCACAGUGCUUUGAAGUAAAUUACUAUUUUUUGUGUAUUUGGGGGUGGUAUGGAGCAUGCGCUGCAGAAAGCAACAAGUGGCUUGUUUCAUACACAAGGAAGUCUAUGGGCUUGUUAGUGUUAGAAAGAGGAACUGCAGAGCAUGGUCGUACGUGACGUCACAGCUCCAGCCAGGUGGCAUUCCGACUGGAGAGAGAGCGUAGUCACAAUCAGAAUUCAGAAUUAGAAUUCCGAGUCAGAAUGUAAGGCGUGCAUGCUGCAAAUGUGAAGCCUGCAACAGACCACUAAUUCUCGCAUAUUUGCAUCGUCUUGAGUAUCGAGCACGGUGGGCAAAUUGUUUGCAGUGUGUUGUGGCGGUACUCUAGGAAGUUCUGAAAAAGCAACAAGCAAAGAACUAGCAGGAGUAAGCAAACAGACAACAUGUCUUCUGCACAAGUGUCUUCUAGGAGGCAGUCGUGCUAUUUAUGCGAUCUUCCUCGCAUGCCAUGGGCUAUGAUUUGGGAUUUUACAGAACCUGUUUGCAGGGGUUGUGUAAAUUAUGAAGGUGCUGACCGGAUAGAGUUUGUUAUUGAAACGGCCCGACAGCUGAAAAGAGCUCAUGGUUUCCAAGAUGGGAGAUCCCCAGGUCCUCCUCCGCCGCCGGCAGUAAAGACUCAGGCUGGUAUUUCAUCUAAAGAAACGACUCAGUUAAACCAUGUCGAUGGCUCCUCUAAAGCACCUCAGCCAAGCUUGGAUCGGUAUGCUCUGAAUACGGAGAGGUCCAGGUUCGAUUACACUGCCAUGAAUACUCACACUAGCAGACUUCCUAAUGGUUUGAGUGGUCCAAAUGGUUUCCCCAAAGCGGAGGAUGGCCCUCCUGAAUUGAAUCGACAGAGUCCCAAUUCUCGGAGGACUCACGGGCUUGUUCCUAUUCCCACAAAUCAGAUGACCGUUCCUCCAAAUCUGCUGCCUCAGACUAUGUUGAACGGUCCUAACACGCCCGCCACCAUCCCACCGCAUGGGUUUACUGGUCGGCCACCACCUCCAGCCAGCUUGGCAGCUUCCACGUCCCUUGCUGCACAGUCUCUGGCCGAUGUUGGAAAGAGACCUGGUUCGGUUUCCAGCUCGGACCAGGAGAGGGAACUGAAGGAAAAGCAGCGCAAUGCAGAGGCUUUGGCUGAACUAAGUGAAAGUUUGAGAAACCGAUCAGAAGAGUGGGCAAACAAACCGAAAAUGGUGAGGGAGACUCUGAUCACACUUUCUAGCUGCACACCAUUUGAUAUUAGGUUUAAAAAAGACCAUUCACUAACAGGCAGAGUUUUUGCUUUUGAUGCCAUAUCUAAACCUGGCAUGGACUAUGAACUUAAAAUUUUCAUAGAGUACCCUAGUGGAUCUGUCAAUGUUUUUUCCAGUGCAUCUGGGGUGGCUAAGCAAAUGUACCAGGACUGCAUGAAAGAUUUUGGGAGAGGCCUUUCAUCUGGCUUUAAAUAUUUAGAGUAUGAAAAGAAACAUGGAUCAGGAGAUUGGCGGCUACUUGGGGAUUUGCUGCCAGAAUCUGUUCGUUUCUUUAAAGAAGCAACUGGACCUGAUAUGUUACCACAGCCUUACCUUGAUGCAAGCUGCCCAAUGUUGCCAACUAAUUUGGUCAGUAUCCCUCGUGCCUUGCCAUCAACAAAUGCUCCAAGGUCUGGUGUUCGUAAAAGGAAAGCUUCUCCAGACCCAGAUUCUGCAGAAGGAAGCAUGAAAUUGACCGAGGAACAACAGAGACAGCAGUGGAUGGCAAGCCAAAGUGAAGCCCUGAAGUUAACAAUGUCAUCAGGUGCAUUUGGAACUGCACAUGGAGGCCCUCCUCCUCUUGGGCCCAAUCAUCCCCCUCAUUCCAACAGGACCACCCCUCCCGAAUCAGCACCUCAAAAUGGACAAUCUCCUAUGGCUGCCCUUAUGUCAGUAGCUGAUACCCUGGGUAAUGCACAUUCACCAAAAGAUGGAAGCUCUGUCCAUUCCACAACUUCUACCAGACGUAACAGCAGCAGCCCAGUCUCUCCGGCAUCUGUGCCUAGCCAGCGUCGUUUGGCAUCUCGCAAUGGAGAUAUGAACCUUCCAGUGGCACCCCCUCCUCAAAACACUCAUCCUGGUAUGGAUCAGGUCCACCCUCAAAACAUUCCAGAUUCUCCCAUGGCCAACAGUGGCCCUCUUUGCUGCACCAUUUGUCAUGAACGUUUGGAAGACACACACUUUGUACAAUGCCCAUCAGUGCCAAGCCACAAGUUUUGUUUCCCAUGUUCCAGGGAAAGUAUCAAGGCUCAGGGGGCAACAGGAGAAGUAUAUUGCCCUAGUGGAGAAAAAUGCCCCCUGGUUGGUUCUAAUGUGCCUUGGGCAUUUAUGCAGGGUGAGAUAGCUACCAUUUUAGCUGGUGACGUUAAGGUGAAAAAAGAGCGAGACCCUUAAGAUAACCUUCAGUUUUCUGAAGAUAUUUAAUUGUGAAUAUAACAAACUGAAAACUUAGUCUUAUGUAUAGACAUUAUUUUCGUCGUAUGUUUCUAUAUUUUGAAACAAAGGUAUGUACUCUUCUUCAUUUGAAGGACGAAGCUGGUUUUUGUUAAACAGAAUAUAUUAUUGAUUGGUUACUGCAUAACUGUUUUCAUUUUAGUGGCAGUGUGUUGGCUAGGUACAAAGUGAUAGCACUUAGCAAUUACUGCUGCUAAUGUGUAUUUUUGUAAAUGUAUGCACUUCUUUAAAUUGCCAAGGCCAGUGUUGAUGCCUAAAUUGCUACAAAAUGGUGACAGCUUAUGUUUUACAAACCCUGAUGUUAGUCUUUUACUUCUUUCUUUUGCAGAGGAUAGGGGUCUGUUGUAAGUUUAUAAAGGCAACAUAUUUCAGUUUUAUUAUCUAACUGAUCUGAAUGUUUUUACUUUGUGUUUUGUUUUAGCUUUAUUGGUGCACAAAUGCUUUAAAAAUUAGAGCAAAAUGCUGUACAUGAGAACAUGCUCUGUUUGUCCUUUAUACAUUUCUGUAGAAACAGAAGACUGUAAUGUGCCUUGGAGCUGAGUAAAUUGUAAUAAAUUCAAUUGAAUAUUAAAAAUCU